AUGCGGGUGCGGGUGCGGGUUACGGGCGCGGGCGAACCCGCGAGGGGUUGCGAGCACACGGGGCGCGGGGCGCGCACGGCGCACGCCGGCGCCGGCGGCCAGGGCCAGGGGAGGCGGGGCUCCAACGAGCCACCGGAGCGGCGGCGGAGCAGCGCGGGCAGAGCAGAGGCGAACGGCGGAGGCGAGGCUGCGGGCGUGCGGGCGGGGUCGCCGAAGGAGGGAAGGGCGUCGGGGCCGGAGUGGCUGGAGCGGGACGGCGGCGGCACAGCCCGCGGGCAGGGCGGCACGGAGAGGAGCGCGGCGGACGCGAGCCCAGACCAGGGGAAGGAGUUGCUAUCUGACAUACACGAUGGGGACUGCGGGCUCCACUCGUCAUCACGGACCCUCGUCGGCAAGGCAUUCCACAGCAGAUUCUACAGGCCCACAGCGCUCAACGAUGCAGCCGAGCUGGUCAAGUCUUGUGAAGCUUGCCAGUUCCACACCAAGCAGAUCCAUCAGCCCGCUCAGGUCCUCCAGACUAUACCACUCACAUGGCCGUUCGCGCUCUGGGGGCUGGAUAUCUUGGGCCCAUUUCCUCGAGCGCCAGAUCAAACCCUAGCCCUCUUCCAGCUCGCCCCCGGACAAUUUUCCCCGCCGCCGGACGUGUCCGCCGCCUCCGCCCGACGAAUCGGGGGCCGCCACGUGUCGCCCGACCCGCCGCCUCCGCCCGACCCGCCGGCUCCCUCCGCUGCCGCUCCCGCACGCCUCCCCGGCCUCGCCGCUGCCGGCCGCCGUGCCACCGCCGCCCCUCGCCUACGGCCGUCGCCGGCGCUGCCCGCCGCGCCGUGCCCCGCCGCCGCCGUGCGCCCCGCCCCGCGCAUGUCCUUCAUCUCCUCCGACCGCCGGCCGCGUCGCCCCUCUCCUCCCAUCGCCGGAGACGAGCCCGACGACCCCAGCCUCGAUCCGAUCUGGCGCAACUACAAGUUUGCCAAGGAUUCUGCGGUGAAGAACAACAAAGCAUUUGGACACGACUUUAACCCCGGUCCAUCUGCUCCUCGGGCUUAUGGCACUCGUGAUGCUGAACCCAAUGUCAUCGGCCCCUUCUACAACCUCGAAGGUCUCAUCACUCACAUUGUUGUUCAGGGGGCAGCCACCGAGCACUCUGAUGACAACGCUGAUACUGAUGAAGCGCUUGCUCCACCUAAGCCACAAAAGCAGAAGAGAACAAAGGCUUCAAAGCCCUCUGCUGCACCUAAAGCUUCACGUGCGAAGCCACUGGCCACUGCACCUCCUGAAGCAAGUGUGCAAUCUGAAGAUCUUUCUCGCAUCUCCAAAAGGACCGAGAAGUCUUCAAAGCAGAAGAAGCCCAUCCAGAUUUCUGGGCAAGAACUGCCCCAGCUGCCAUUCUGA